GUGGAAAUAAGCAGAUCGCACUAGAAUAUCUAGACAAAUUUUCUGAAAUUGGCGAUGCUAAAAGAAUUCAAAAAGAAGCUGCCCAUCUUUUUGAGCGCACAUCAGAUGUAAAUAUUACAGACGCACAUACAAAAUACGGAGAUUGUCUUUUAAAUGAUUUGGCAAGGAUAGAAGAAGACAAAGGAGGUGCACAUUAUUUAAAGCUUGCUGCUUGGGAAAAUUAUAAAAAAGCCAUUGAUUGCUGCAAAAAAUAUGAAAUUAAUUGGCAAUUAACCUAG